GUAGUGCACUGAACACAACGUAAAAUUAAAGUUCCAAGAAAAUUGAAGGGCCCUUGGAGUACCGAAUCGUCAACCUCAAGCAUCCGUUAAAAAGCCUUACCAGCUGAUAGGGUCCAAAAUACCAAUCAAGAACUGAAAACGAAUCUUGUGGUUAUUCAUAAUCCAUCACUUCUCCCCUAAGUUUGUCAUUUCUUUUCCUCUUUUGUUUCGGGCAUUUGAAGCUCUCGCAGUAAUUGGGUUUUCCGUCGUUUGUAGGCAAAACCAGGAAUCGUGGAUUGCAGAUCGUCUUUAUAGUUGAUGGAAUCCAGAAAAACUGCCGGUUCUGGGAGAAUAAGCUCCAGGCGGCGUAUUUUGCGUACAUGUGGAGUCUCAGGCGUAGCUAUUGCUCACCAUGCCUACGCAAAAGCACAGGAUUUGAAUGGGCCUAUCGGUUCCAUGGCUAAAAGGGUAGCCAAAAUGGCCAAGUUUAUCGAACCAUUGCUUUAUGCCUUGCAGUAUCACUCUCUAGCACUCCUGUCGUUUAUCGAUGAUCGUAUAUUAGCUGUUGAAAGAAUUGUUGAGACUGUUUUUCCACCAUCAAAAUAUGUGUUCAACAAGAUUGACCAGUGUGUACAAAUUGUGGAAAUCCUGCCUGGGAAAUUUGAUGAUGCUACCAACAAAGUUUAUUUGGUUAUUCGUCAAUUUCCAUUGUUGGAUUGGUUAUUGCUUCGUGUCAUUUCCUGGCUCAACUUUUGGGUUUCUGUAUUGAUGGAAGCUACCAAGGAGAAGGAAAUUAUGGUGGAUAAGAGCUGCACUGAAUGCAAUGUUGAACUGGCAACAGUUGAAGAUGAAGCAAGCAAGGAAUCCCAAACAUACCCUGUUGCUGAAACUCCACAAGCUGAAGAAGCUGAGGGAGUUGAUGUCACGGUCAUGAAGAGCACAUACGAGGAAGAAUUAGAGAAGUGGGCAGCUGAAAACACAGAAAAAGAAGAUCAAAAGGAGAAACACACCCAACAAUCUGAUAUUGGAGACACAGAAAAAGAAGAUCAAGAGGAGAAACACACCCAACAAUCUGAUAUUGGAGACACAGAAAAAGAAGAUCAAGAGGAGAAACACGCCCAACAAUCUGAUAUUGGAGACACAGGAAAAGAAGAUCAAGAGGAGAAACACGCCCAACAAUCUGAUAGUGGAGACACAGGAAAAGAAGAUCAAGAGGAGAAACAACCCCAACAAUCUGAUAUUGGAGACACGGAAAAAGAAGAUCAAGAGGAGAAACAACCCCAACAAUCUGAUAUUGGAGACACGGAAAAAGAAGAUCAAAAGGAGGAACACGCCCGGCAAUCUGAUAUUGGAGACACAGGAAAAAAAGAUCAAAAGGAGAAACUCGCCCAACAAUCUUAUAUCAAAGAAAAAGAAACCGACGAAGGAGGAGGGAAUAACGAAAGUGAUGAGAGUUCUGAAAUCAAAGCUGACAUUCUAGAGCUAUUUGAUGCUGCUUGGCACAAAUAAGGGAAGGGAAAUCAAUGUCACGUUCUGUUUCUUAUACAUGGUGGUCAAGUUAGAGGAAUGGAUGGCAAAUGAAAGGGUAUUUCUUUGUCAUUUUCGUAUAUAGAUAUGUAUUAAGUAGAAUAUAUAUAAUAAUGUAUUCACAAGUUCUGCAUAACUUGUGCACGUUGAUUAGUGGCCUAGCUGAAAUAAUAUAGAAUUUGCAGUGGGCUAUUGUAUGUACCUAUCUGUAGGAGUUGUUGAUAUCACAACUAGUCUACUAUAAUUUAUUACACUUGCUGAAAGUUUGGACAA